GGACUUGUGUGAAAAUCUGAUGAUGUUUUAGGUCCUAUUUAUGCAGAAAUAUAGAAAAUUCUAAAGGGUUUACAAACUUUCAAGCACCACUGUACAUGCACGCGCAUAGAUUAAUUCAGUGGUGCUGAAAAUUCCAAACUGUCUUAACUUGUCAGGGCUCUUAACUUUCUGUUCACGAUCAUGAUUGACUACAGUUGGUAGCUUCACUGUCCCAACAUAAAAUUGGUUUGUUUGACAAGUACAGGUUAUUGGGAGGUGUAGCCACUUUGCCAAGGUCUGGAAGAAGACCCAGACUGUAAUCCUCAGCUGAGAGUAAAUUGUUGUGGAUGGUCAGGAACAACCCAGGAACCACCAAAGCACAGGCCUUUCUCUGGAAGUUGCUGGAACAGUAUAUAGUCAAGCGAGUUUUAUGUUGCCAUGGACUCAGAGAGGCUUUCCUCCAAUAAGAAGCCCCUGCUCCACAAUCGACAACUUCAACUCAACCAAAAUUUUCAGCUGACCACAUGGACAGAAAAAAAAGCCUGCUGGAGGAAAAUUUUAUAGCCUGAUGAGACAAAGAUUGAGUUGUUUGGCCACAAUGACCAGAAGUAUGUUUGGAGGAGUAAAGGUGAGGCAUUCAACCCCAAGAACACUGUACCAACUGUUAACCAUGACUAAACAAAGUGGAUGGAAUAAUGAAGAAGGGCUACUUCAGAAUUCUUCUGCAUAACCCCAAACCAUUAGCUAGAUGGUUAAAACCUGGACAAAAUUGGGUGUUCCAACAGGACAAUGACCCCAAACACAUCAAAGCUACCUGUGGAAUGGAUAAAGCAGGUUAACAUUAAGCUUUUGCAAUGGCCUUCCCAAACUCCUGACCUCAACCCUAUUGAAAAUCUGUGAACUGUGCUUAAAAGUUGGGUGUAUGCCAGGAAACCAACAAAUUUAAUUGAAUUCUGCCAAAACCUUGUUGGUGGCUACCAAAAGCAUCUGGUCAAGGAUUCCCAUCUAGGAUGAUGACUACAUCCUGCUUGCUUUGUGGUUUGAGAGAAACUCUGCUGGUGGAGGAAAGGCAGAGAUGGAGUGAAAGAAUGUAAAAAGAGAUGGGAAAGAGGGUGUGGAACUGUUGCCGGGAUGUCUCCACAGCUGUGCUGUAUGGCUCCCUGGCCCUUUGUGUCUCCAUUCUCCAUAACGUCUUCUUGCUUUAUUAUGUGGACACUUUUGUGUCAGUUUACAAGAUAGACAAACUUUCCUUCUGGGUGGGAGAGACUGUGUUCCUGAUAUGGAAUAGCUUGAAUGACCCUCUCUUUGGUUGGCUAAGUGACCGUGCUUUCUUAAGCACCCCUCAGUCCGGAUCUCAGAUCUCUUCACCUGAGGUGGUGUUGAAGCGCCUCCAGUCUCUUGCUAGGAAUGGGCCACUUUUUGCUCUUUCCUUCUUGGCCUUCUGGGUGGCCUGGGCCCACCCUAGUCUGCAGUUCCUCAUCUGCCUGUGCCUUUAUGAUGGUUUCCUCACACUGGUGGACCUCAACUACAACGCCCUGCUGGCUGACCUGGCUGUGUCUGCAAGUGAACGCACACGCCUGAACUUCCACAGUUCCCUGUUCAGUGCACUGGGCUCGCUCUCCGUCUUCCUGUCCUACUCCUUCUGGGACAAAGAGGACUUUAUGUCCUUCAGGCUUUUCUGUGUAGCACUGGCUGUCCUGUCAGUGCUGGGCUUUGCUGUGGUAUCUCGAGUUCUGCACCACAGGUUCCAAAAUGAGGUCCGAUCACGCAAGAACGGAGAAGGGGAAUUGCUCAGAGAAUUGUCUGUUGGCCAGGCCCCUCUUGCUCAGACUGAGAAGCCAAUCACUCUUGGAGAGUAUCUGAAGCAACUCUCCAGCCACAGAAAUUUUAUGUGGUUUGUUUCAAUGAAUCUAGUGCAGGUAUUUCACUGCCACUUCAACAACAACUUCUUUCCUCUGUUUCUGGAACACCUCUUAUCAGACCGCAUCUCUGCCUCUACUGGCUCCUUUCUGCUGGGUAUCUCUUACAUAGCUCCCCAUGUCAACAACCUUUACUUUCUGACAUUAAGCCGAAGACUGGGUGUCUACCGGGUUAUCCAUGGUCUCUUUCUUUUUAAACUGGGCCUUAGUAUAGCAAUGCUGCUAGCAGGAGCAGACCAGGUCUACCUGCUUUGCUUAUUUAUUGCCAGUAAUCGCGUGUUUACUGAGGGGACCUGCAAGCUGUUGAAUUUGGUAAUCACAGACCUGGUUGACGAGGACUUUGUGCUGAACCGGCGACAGCAGGCAGCCUCUGCACUGCUGUUUGGUAUGGUUGCUUUAGUAACAAAGCCCGGCCAGACCUUUGCCCCCCUUUUUGGCACCUGGCUGCUGUGUGUGUAUACAGGUUAUGACAUCUUUGAGAGGGGUCCUCUUAAAGACCCUGUGGCAGCUGUAGGUGUCUCAGGUACAGAGAGCUCUCUGCCACUGCGCCAGGGCUGCUUCUACCUACUGGUCUGUGUGCCCAUUUCCUGUGCCCUGCUGCAACUACUGGCUUGGUCCCGCUUCACCCUCCAUGGUCACAGAUUACGGGGCAUUAAAGCCAUAAGGCAGGGUGCUCAACACCUCAGUGAUGUGAAGGCCAUCUAAUACUGCCCACUCCAUUCAUCAUUGCCUCACACUGACUCAGGAUGGAGGCUGGUAUCACUUAUAAAAGGACUGUGUGACAGUGAAAUUUUAGUGAAACCAGCCUUAUUUUUCUUAUGGUGAUAAAUGAUGUGCAUGUCUAUAUUUAUAAACUAAAUGACCUAGGGACCAAAUAUGAACUGUGAAAACAAUCAUGUGGUAUGGGACCACAUGGGAAAGUAACAUUUCUUCACCUUUGACUGCAUAGUACAAGAUUAUAUUUGGGUAUUGUAGCCCCUAGACUAAACAAUGGUUUACCUACUAAGCUUUCAUCUUUUUCUGUAAAAAGUUUAGGCUGUUUACCUAUUUAUUGUGGAUUUUUAUAGUGUGUCAAGUUCAUAAGUAUUUUUGGGAGCACUCCAUAGCAUUUCAGGUCCAGUGGAUAUAAACUGCAUGAGCUUCUUUGGAGUUUUUCGUUGAUUUAACUUGCACUGGUGUGGGUGGGUUCCUUUUUUUUUUUUUUUGGGUGUCAUCUUUUGUCACAGGAAAUUUUAGUGGUAUGUUAAGUCUAGGAAGGUUGUAGUCCCCCUUCCCCAUUUUAUGUACUUUCUUUUCAAUUUUUUUUUUUUACCAAGCAUUUUACACUAAUUAUCCUGGAGUAUGAUACCAGUAAAUGACAUUUCUAAAGAUGAGUACUUUUUUUGUAUAAUUUUUAUUUAAAAACUGCCAUUUUUAAAUAUGCUUAAUUUUAAGACCUUGAUUUAUACAAAUUGUGUCCUAACUACAAAAAUGGACAGACACUUUACAGUACUGUCUUUUUCAGUCAUUGAUAUUUACCUUUUUGAUGCUUGUAUUGUUUGUGGUUUGGAAAUGGUUUGUAACUCAGGAAACUUGACAUUUAGUAAUUUUAAUGUUUUUGUUCUUGGUAAUGGUUCAUACAUUUCAUAUCAAUGCUCUGCAGAAAAUAAACAUACUUGUGUUGCUUCAACUAUUAA